AAAAGGAGCCGGAGAAAGGGCGGGAUAAAGGGAAGGCGGCGGUGGUGGCACAGUCCUGGGGUUCGUUUGGCAGCGCUGCCUGGGCGCCGGGAGCAGCUGGGAGCAGAGGCUUUAGGGAGCGGGUCUGCGAGGGAGUUGUGGUUCGGUGGUGCCGCUCUCUGCAGUAGCCGGGUUCAGGCGUGUGCUGCGUCCUGAGUCUGGCCCGGCUCUGUCCCUCACGGCCCGCCCGCGUCUGGCUCCAGAACUGUCCACACCUUUGACUUUAUUCGUAGACCCACCUGAAGCUCGGCUCCGAAGCUCUUCUGUGCUUCCCUCAGGGCUCCCUGAGCGUGCAGGGCUGGCCCUGAACGCAUCCUGUAAAUGGAUCGUCUUGGAUAAAAAUAUAACUCCAGGCUCUCGAGUUAUGUGCCUUAAAGCACAAAUAAUACUUUGCACUAUGUUAAGUAUUUGCCACGUUUUUGAAUGACAUUAUAUUAGACAUUUGUCAAAUGCUAACGCGCCUGCUUAACAAAAGUGACGUUUUAGUAAUCAACAAAUGAAUGGGAUCUUUUUCAGGGGCUAGUUUAUGUACUUAUUUAUUUGUCUUUAGUUUUUAUGGGAAACAAUUGUUUUUAAAGCAGCGAUUUUCUUUACUACAUUGCUAACAGGGCCGCUGAGUUAAACUAAUUUAAGUGUUGUUUAGUGCAUGUGGCAAGGGAAGAGAAAAUGUGCCAGUACAGUUGGUGAAAGCUACACUAACAUAAUAGUUAUGUUGUCUUUUAAGUUAUGGUGCAAAUCCUGUAUUGAUCAUCGCUUUUCAUUUUCACUCUUUCAAGCAGUGGCUACUGUAAAUAUGGCCAAUAGAAUAAAAAUUCAUCUCUUCCCACAGAAUUUAUGGUCUUAUUAGAGAAAAAAUGUGCUGGGAAAAAAUACUGUGAGCAAAUAGUGCAAUGUCUUAUUAGGUUUGGUUAAUUCUGUGUUGCACAUUUUCAUUUUACUGUGGAUGUCUGUGUCUGCUUUUGUCUCAGUAAGCUGCCAAGGGAUUAAUAAACACAUUUAAUGGAUAGGUAGUAGUUAUGUGAAAAUACUUAAGUGAGAAUGGGAAACCCAGUAGCCUGUUAUGUCUUUGAAUUGAAAAUCUUUGCAUAAAUCUGCAAGGAAUAUAGACUCUACAGAGCCAAAACAGUGUGGAAAAGCACUUGUAUUGGAAACAAAAAAUAUAGGAAGUGGCUUUAUGAUGUCGAUGCUUAGAGGCAAAAUGUUGGGAGGAAUUCUUGGAAGUAAAAUAUGGGAGAGGGGUAGGGUGUAGCAGUGUAAUUGUGUACAGCUCAGUUGACGUGAUGAUUUAAGAAGGCCCUUCUUCUCACAGGAAGCAAUGAGGGAACAGAGGUAAAGUCACUUAUAGACAGAACUCCUGGACAGAUCAUUUUGGUUUCUCUACUGUGAGAUUUGAGAGUAAGUUUAACCUGACUGUAGUUUUUGUUGUCACAGACUGACCUUAAAAAACCCCAAAAUCUCACAACCAACCAAACAACAAAGCCCUUAAGGAAAAAUGUCCAAAUUUCUGGCGUGCCGUAGGACAGACUUCCAGUGUGACAUUGAACUAAAAGUUCUCUUUGUGCUUUUGAUUUUUCACAUGUGUAACAGCAACACAGGAAACUUCCACCUUGCAAGGCUCUUUGAGAGGGAAGUCUGUGAGAUGUUACUGGUGUGGUGCGGGGACAUAGAGAUUUUUGCAAUAAUUAACAAUUCAAAUAAAUCCAGACUGAAUGCUUUGAUAUUCUAGUGACCCAUGUAACAAGUUGCAGUCAUUAGGGAAGCACAUUUUAUUAAAAUUACUUGUAAGAAGUUUUUAAAAGUAAAUUGUAGGAACGGGUGAUUAACAGAUGGAAACUAUAGAAUGAUAUACUUUGGAAAUAGAAACCUUGUCAGAGUUAACCAGAAUAUUUAGCAGUUUUGCACAGUGUGAAAGUGACCAAAAUAGCUGAGUUCAGAAAUGUCAACUAGAAGAAAAAAUUGAGUGAUGAGAUGAAUGUGUAUGUCUGAGUGGUUUGCAUGCCCAGCGAAAGAUGGACUGUGAGCUCUUUUAGUACCCAUGAAAAACAAAAAUAAUAACCUAAAUGCGUUGAAGAGUACUUUUUAAUAUUGGAAGAGGUACUGUAGUUGAGAAUUGGAGAUUAAAGGCUGGAAGCUAUGGAUGUGACUAUGGUAGCAGUAACUCUUUUUGAUUUACCUCUCUGAUAGUGCCUUCACUGUAUGAUUUCUACCACAGAGCUGUACUUAGGAUGUAGAGCCUGUCUCGACUUCCAUGCUGUCAAGAUUUACCCAAAUAAAAUAUCUUGUGGCAAAGAACUUCAUCUCAGGAAGAAGAUGAAAGAUAAUGUUGCUGAAGAACAUUUAUAUUUGGCUUUUUCUCAUCAGUACAGAGAUAGUAUCUUUCCUCUUCAUACAUCUAUCUCACUGUUUUUGCUAUCCUACUGUGACUGCAAAUUAUUUAAAGUUUUUUUAGUGCCGACUGGCGAAGAUGUGGGUGAUCAGUGUGUGACAAAAAACCUCGCUGGUGAUCUUGAGGUCCAUUUAAUCUCCAGAUGUCAGCUGCCAGUGGUUGUGCAGAGCUGCAGUUUACCUGCUGUUGUCGUGAAAGAUGACAAAUUCUGCCGAGCUGGGCUUUCUGUGGUCUUAAGACAUAUAAUACAGAAAACAUUCGAGGCAGAUCCAUCUAAAAAGGAUCUUUUGGAACUCCUGGGCUUUAAGAAGACCUGCUUAAAAGCCUGUGCUGAAGUUAGCCAGUGGACCAGACUCUGUGAGAUCAGCAUACCUCUGGCUGUUGAAAGAUUUUUGACGGCCUCUCCUGAGAACUGCCAGGCUAUUCCUCCUGACAUUUUGCUGUUGGAAAGGAAGCUUGGAGAGCCUGUCCGAGUACAUAACGAUGACAAAAUUCGAAGGCAGAAACUUCAACAGCAGAGGGCAGGUACCAAGGCUGCAGUGCCUGUGCUUGGUGAAGAAGCAGCAGAGGAAUUAAAACCAGGGGAAGUCCAUGAACAUCCACCCCCAAGUUUGGAACUGAGCGUUGCUUUCUCUAAACUACUUGCCCAGGAAGCACCGGAUGCAAUCAGCAGGGAGGCCCCUCACAUCAGGAGAACAAAAACCUCUGACCUUCCACUCUUGGACCAUGUUUUUGCAGAAGGACUUUAUUUUACUGUGGCAGACCUAGUGCUUUUGCCAUGCAUCCAUCAGUUCUUGGUUUCCAGCAAGAAACAAGGCAAAAAUCUGGUAAACUUGCCGCUGAUAUCCAAUUGGUAUCGAAGAGUUCAAGAGGUACCUGGAGUAAAGAAAGCUGCUGGCAAAUGCAACAUGGAGCUUCUCCAGCUUCCAGAGCUGAUGUCUGCUCCUGGGGAACAGCUACAGGACUCUGCUUCAGUUCCUGAUGAGUUGGAAGAGGAUAAUGAAGAAAGCCAUUUUAUAGGUGGUCCAAGGCCAACCAUGACUAAAUUAAUGGAAAAUGGAAUUGAAGCAAAGUUUUCUCCUCAUCCAUGCCCCAACUGGACUCUAGACUGGACCAGUCUUCCAUCUGCAGUCAGUCCUGGGGAAGGAAAGAUGUCUAGAGACCGGGCUCUCAGGAAGCAGCAGCAGCUGAAUAAUUUGGUAGCAGCAGUGACAAAGCUCGCGAAACCUGGAGAUUGGAUUGUGGAUUUUUGCAGUGGAGGGGGCCAUGUUGGAAUUGUUCUUGCUUAUAUGAUGCCAUCAUGUCAGGUGGUACUUAUAGAAAAUAAGGAGUUGUCUCUGAUCCGUGCUAAAGACAGAAGUGAUGAACUAGGUUUAAACAACAUUUGGUUCAUUCAAUCAAAUUUGGACUAUUUUAAUGGGACUUUUAACAUUGGGGUGGCCCUGCACGCCUGCGGGGUGGCCACAGACAUGGUGAUUGAGCACUGCCUCAGGGCACGGGCAGCCUUUGUCAUCUCCCCCUGCUGCUACGGCUUCAUUCAAAAUACAGUCAAAUUCAAAUAUCCACGAAGUCAUCAGUUCAAAGAAAUUUUGUCCUACAAGGAGCACAUGAUUCUUUGCAGAUUUGCAGAUCAGACAGCUGUUCAGCUUCCACCUGAACGCAGGCUAAUUGGAAAGCAGUGUAUGGGACUUGUGGAUCUGGAUCGGGCAUGGGCUGCAGAAGAGCAUAACUACUCUGUCCAAGUUAUAUCUAUGGAGCCAGAGAGUUGUUCUCCAAAGAACAAUAUGUUUGUUGGCAUCCCUGCUUAGAGUGUGAAACUUGCAUUUGAUUUGAAGCUGAACAUCAAUCUUCAGUGCAUAAUGACAUCCAGCAGAUAGAGGCAGCGCUGGAACCAGAUAUCCUGCAUCUUGAAUGCAUUGCCUUUAGAAGGGGAAGCAGCCCCCAAAGUCCUAAAAAGCAAACUGCAUGCAGAGCAUCACAAAUCAACUUGUAAUAUGUCGUUAAGCAACUUUUGGUUCUCAUACUGAGAAGUUUCUGGAUCUAAUGACUGUGCAUGGAAUUAUAUCCAUCUGUAAAAGUUCAGAAAAAGCUGGCUUUGUUCAAGGAAAGGUGAUUUCCUUUUCAGUAAAGCUGUGUCUUGGCUGCUUGGAAAUUGCAUUCGUGGUCAAAACAGAAUUUGUGUUCAUAAGCAGAGCAGUUAUCAGCCAGCAGUGCUGAUCAGCAGAAGAACAGAGAAGAUCAAAUUCACUGUGUUACUGAAGAUGGCUGUGCAACAGGAGUUAGCCUGACUUUGCCAAAGAAUUGCAUACUACUGUAGGAAGAUUAUUUUUAAUAAAAGUUUAUCAGAAUA